CAGAUGUACCGGAAAGGAGAUGGAGUAGACAAGAACGAGGAAAAGAGUGAGGAGUUCAAGAAAAAAGCGCUUGAUCUCCAAGACCAGUACAAGGAACAGAUGCAGAUUCAAUUCCAGCAAGGAACUAAACCAGUUUAAAGUUAUCUGUUAUUUAUUUAAUUUUCCAAGAAACUGUUUUAGCACUUGUCUUUAUAUCUAUUUGUGAUAGUCAGGAUAUAGCUGAUAUUUAGUUUUAUAUAUGUACAGUGCAUGUAGAAAGUUUGUAAAUUAUCUGUACAAAGAACUUUUUUCCUUUUUUGUCAAGGUAUGAAGUGUUUUUAUCAUAUUUAUUAUUAGAAAUGUUGUCGAGCAUUACAAAAAAGAUGACAUGAUAUAUAUUAUUCAUUUCUCAUAUUUUUAGCAUGAGAUUUGGAUAAAGAGAUUAUACAUAAAUGUGGACACUAGAAUCUUGUAAAUGUGGUAUUUGACAUUGUUAAUAAAUGAAUGAAAAUAUGAUAAA